CGCAGAGGCCAAGGGCGCCUGGAAGCCCCGGGACACUCUAAGGUGGGGAGGGGCAGGAGUUGCCGCCUGCUCUGCUGCGCCCGGUUCCCAGGAGGGCCCGUCCCGUAUACCGGGACUUUUAAAAAAUGAUGGAGAGGCCAUCAGCAGCAGAUGCCGCCACCACCACCAUCACCGUCACCCCUGCCACCACCACAGCCACUGAUGCAGUCUUCCACCUAAUGCCCGCCAUGCCCAACAUCCUGCUGUUCAGUGGCAACUCGCACCAGGACCUGUCCCAGAAAGUGGCAGACAGGUUGGGGCUGAAACUGGGCAAAGUGGUCUCUACGAAAUUCAGCAAUCAGGAGACCAGUGUAGAAAUCGGUGAAAGUGUGAGAGGGGAAGAUGUCUACAUCAUCCAAAGCGGCUGUGGGGAAAUUAAUGAUAACUUGAUGGAACUUCUCCUUAUGAUCAAUGCUUGCAAAAUUGCAUCAUCAUCCAGGGUGACUGCAGUAAUCCCAUGUUUUCCAUAUGCCCGACAAGAUAAAAAAGACAAGAGUCGUGUUCCAAUUUCUGCAAAACUUGUGGCCAAUAUGCUUUCAGUGGCUGGGGCUGAUCAUAUCAUUACAAUGGAUCUCCAUGCUUCUCAGAUACAAGGAUUUUUUGAUAUUCCAGUGGAUAAUAUGUAUGCAGAACCUGCAUUCUUACAAUGGAUUCAAAAAAAUAUUACAGAAUGGAGGAAUUGUAUCAUUGUGUCCCCAGAUGCUGGUGGAGCUAAAAGAGUGACGUCAAUUGCUGACAGGUUGAAUGUGGAGUUUGCUUUGAUUCAUAAAGAAAGAAAGAAGGCAAAUGAGGUAGACAGGAUGGUUUUGGUUGGCGAUGUGAAGAAUCGUGUAGCCAUUCUUGUGGAUGACAUAGCUGAUACAUGUGGCACAAUAUGCCAUGCUGCGGAUAAGUUACUGUCUGCUGGAGCCACCAAAAUUUAUGCUAUUGUAACUCAUGGAAUCUUUUCUGGACCAGCUAUUUCCAGAAUUAAUAAUGCAGCAUUUGAGGCUGUGGUGGUCACAAAUACAAUUCCACAAGAGGACAAAAUGGAUCGCUGCUCUAAAAUCCAGGUUAUUGACAUUUCAAUGAUACUGGCUGAAACAAUACGGAGAACACACAAUGGUGAAUCUGUGUCUUACCUGUUCAGUCAAGUUCCACUAUAACUACAGAUCAUUGCUUUCCUGUAGGCUGUAUACAACUACAGUCUGUUUUUCUUUAAUCAUUGGGACUUAAUGGUAUAAUAAUGUUUAUUAAAGCUCCAGCUGUA